AUGACAACUGGAAAAGUAAACGAUUUGUUCAAGAAAAUCGACGAUUCAAUCGCUGCAGAUAAUUCUUUUGAGAAUAUCAAUUUAUUAUUCGAUGAAGUUUUACCUUUGUUGAAAAAACUCGAAUUUGAAGACGAGUCAUCGUAUAACGAAGCAAAACAUCAAUAUCACACCAAAAGAUCAUCGUGUUUAAAAUUCUUUGGAAAAAUCGAAGAUGCAAGACAAGAAGAAACUUUAGCUGUUCGUUAUGGAUCAAAAUUAGCGAAAUCAAAUCCAACAAAUACUUCCUUACCGCUAUCAAAACAAGAAAAUGAUAAUGAGUUGACAUCACCAAUAUUUUCAGACGCUAAAGGAGUCGUUCAAAUGCGUUUCAAAGAUUUCAGAGAACAUAAAUUACUUUCCGAUCCAACUCUUCAACCAACAAUAAAUGAAUUAAAAACUUCACUUAAUGAAUAUCUAAAUCACAACGAAAUUCUUUCAUUUGAACAAUACGAUUCUUUAGAAAGAUUACAUUCACAAAUGAAUCGUAUGACAAAAUCAUUUCAAGACGAAAUUAUUCUCAAUAACAUAAAUAACGCUCGUCGAGGGAGACUCGCAUUACCCUCGACUGAUUGGGUUAUACUUCAGAUAAAACUUGCGAUUCCAAAUGAUGUCUCGGGAACGGUCCUCGUCAAUUUCGACCUUUUUCAAAACUAA